AUGGCGUUUCCGAAUGUAAAAUCCUACUACCAGGCCGCGGUUCUGGCGCCCUUAAUGAACCACCUAGUUAAAGAUAACCGACCACAAUGGGUGACUCUAGAAAACCUAGCUAUUAAACCUUUCCUAGUCACCAACCUGUUAUGGCUACCUAACAGGAGCAGGCCAACCAUCCCACUGAUACCCCUUCAACUUCAACUAGCGUUGCAAACUUGGGACUUGCACCGAACGAAAUUUGAAACGGCUCACCGCCUCUCAAUGGCGACACCCAUCGACGCCAUCACAUACUGCAUCCCCACCUUUCAUGCCACUCCAUGGAAAGAGAAAGGUAUCUCUUUCUUAUCCCAAGCCUUUGACCCAGGCGGACUGAUGAGCUUCGAGCGGCUCAAUAGAACCUACAACAUCCCACACACAUCACAAUACUCAUACAUUCAACUUAAAUCCUUUUUGCACAAACUCAACAAAGAUAACAAGGUAGAAUCUAACAAACAGGGAGAAAUCUCAACCUGGGAACAAAUAAGUAUCACGGGUAAAAUACCUCCAACUUAUAGGCCACUCUCAGGAUGCUAUAAACUUAUCCUGCCAUACCAGUCCCUUUCUGGCUCGACACAAGCAAGCCAAUGGGAAAUGGACCUUCAGACCUCCAUCACUGAAAACCAGUGGAAAACUAUCACAUCAUCCGUUAGGAGGCAGGUCAAAUCUGCCUCCCUCAUGGAGCAAUAUCAGAAAACAAUCUACAGGUGGUAUAUGGUGCCGCUUCGCUUACAUAAAUUGUAUCCCCACACGUCUUCGACGUGUUGGAGAUGCAAACAAGAGACGGGGUCAGUCCUUCACAUAUGGUGGCGAUGCCCACGCUUAAUUAGGUACUGGGGCGAUGUCCAAAAACUCAUUGCUGAAACCACAAACGUCAAACUACCUCUCGAGCCCAUGACCUUUCUGCUAUUGGAUAUCCCCAAGGAAGUACCCAUACAGUCGAGAAAACUAAUAUAUCAUACCCUGCUGACCGCACAAAAACUAAUAGCUAGAUCCUGGAAGACAAUUGGGGCUCCUAAUAUCCCACACCUUAUUCAGGACAUAGAUAACCAGGCGAUUUAUGAAACAAGCUUUUCCGGGAUGCGCUCUGGCUCAAGCCGCCUUGGCGGAGCGUGGGACCAAUGGCGCACCUGGAGAAUGGCCAACCCACAACUUCUAUUCUAA